CAGUAUUAUAUAAAUUAAUAAUAUUGCCCAAGUCUUAUACAGAGGCGCUAUACAGCAAAAGUUGUUUUAUGGUCAAGGAGUUGAAAUUGUUGUACAUUGUUUUGUUUAAAAUAUUGAAAAAUCAAUCCACAAAUGAUGGCUAAGCACCAGCCAACCAACCCACCACCGGACCAUGAACUAACACUCUUCAAUCCUCCUCAAAAACCUCUAAAAUACUAGCUAGCUUCCAUUAAUGGAGUCUUUGUUUUUGUUCUCCUCUUUUGCUUCCUUGGCGACCUUCACUUUUUGCUGCUUUGCAUUUCUUCCAUCUUUCAUAGCUUCAUCAUACCCCAUCUUCAAGCAUUCCAUCUAUCCAAACUUCACAGCAUCUCACCUUCAAUUCGUCGACUAUAAUGGUGCUUUCUUGGGGUCUGUCAAUGGAACUUUUAUGGCCUCUAUAAUUGGCCUUUCACAGAGUCCUUUAAGCUACUACUUGUCCAUUAUCCAUAAAUCCACUAACACCAUCAUUUGGACACACAACCCCAGCACACCCAUUUCCGAGUCCUCAACGCUAUUGCUCACCAUCAAUGGCCUCUUCAUCACUGAUGCCUCUAACAACCUUAUCUGGUCCACACCGCCUUUCAACUCUCCGGUUCGAGCUCUGCAGCUCCUAGAGACAGGAAACCUUAUAUUGGUUGAUAACAGGAAUGUUUCUCUAUGGGAAAGUUUCAAUCAUCCAACGGACACCAUUGUCAUGGGACAGAACUUGGACGUGGGGAGAUCAUUGUAUGCUCCUGCCGGACCAACAAACUUGUCGACAGGUGAUUACCGACUCACACUUUCUGAUAAGGAUUUGAUAUUUCAGUGGAGGGAUCAGACCUAUUGGAUGCUCUCCAUGGAGACAAAUGCCUUCAAACAUUCAAAUGAGCCACUGUCAUACAUGGCCAUGAACAGCACUGGUUUGAAUCUGCUUGGGGAUGACGGAUCUCUGGUUUUUCAAGUAAACUUGAAUUUCUCAAGUUUCAGGAUCGCCAAGCUUGGAUCUGAUGGAAGGUUUAGAAUCAUGAGCUUCAUAGGAGAGAAAUGGGUUGAAGAAUUUGUAGGUCCUGAAGAAUACUGUCGAGUUCCAUCAGCUUGCGGACAACUGGGAUUAUGCAACAUACACGAAGCGUCUUGUUCAUGUCCACCAGGUUUCGAUAGGAGGUCUGAUGAUAAAGUUGGUUGUGUUCCAACAGAUGAUUCAUUAUCAUUGCCUAUUGGAUGUAACCCAAGUGGGAAUUUGAAUUCCACAUCGAUUUCUUAUGUGAAAUUGGAGGAUUGGAUGGACUAUUUUUCUAAUGAUUUAGCAGAGCCUGUGAAGCGCAGUGUGAAUCUGUCAAUCUGUCAAGAUCUAUGCUCGAUGAACUGUUCAUGCUUGGGCUUUUUCUAUGGAAAUUAUUCUGGUGUUUGCUAUCUGCUUGAAAAUUAUCUGGGUUCAAUCAUGUCUAAGAGUACCAGAGAGGAUCGUAUAGGGUACAUAAAGACUUCUUCAGCUUCUUCCACCAAGAACACAUUUACAAAGAAGGAAGAUAAAUUCCCAAUGGUGGCCAUGGUGUUAAUACCUUUAUUUGGGUUUUUCUUCUUGCUCACUAUCAUAGGCAUAGCAAUUCUCUGGCUAAGAAAAGCUAGGCCUUCAAAGCUAGAAGACGCCAUGAUUCUGGACCGUCAAAAUUCAUUAUCAUCAUCAUCUGAGCUUAAUAUAAUUUCUAUACCAGGCUUACCCGUAAGAUUCGAUUUCGAAGAACUUGUUUCUGCUACUGAAAAUUUCGAGACCGAGAUAGGAAGUGGUGGAUUUGGUAUGGUAUAUAGAGGUACUAUGCCGGAUGAAACAGUAGUGGCAGUGAAGAAGAUCAAAAACUUUGGAACCAGAGGGAAGAAGGAAUUUUGCACUGAGACUGCAAUUAUUGGAAGCAUCCACCAUGUCAAUCUUGUAAGAUUGAAAGGCUUUUGUAUCCAAGGAAACCUGCGGUUUUUAGUAUACGAGUUUAUGAAUGGAGGCUCCUUAGAGAGGACUCUUUUCGGAACAGGUCCGGUUCUACAAUGGAAUGAGAGACUGAAAAUAGCGAUUGGAACAGCUAAGGGACUUGCAUAUUUACACAGUGAAUGCCAACACAAGAUCAUCCACUGUGACAUCAAGCCAGACAACAUUCUCUUAGGCGAAAAAAGUUCAGUGAAAAUCUCUGAUUUCGGGCUCUCAAAGCUGCUAGAUCACCAUGAUAACUCCAAGCUGUUAACAACAAUGAGAGGGACAAGAGGCUAUAUUGCACCAGAAUGGCUAACUAGUUCAGGUAUCACUGACAAAUCUGAUGUAUAUAGUUUUGGGAUGGUUUUGCUUGAGAUUGUGAGUGGAAGAAGGAACUGUACAUUGAUGACACAGAGGAGUACUGGAAUUACCAAAGAUGCGAAUGGAUCAAAUGGCGAAUCCAUCUCUACUUUGAGUCUUGAACCUGGAUGGGUUUAUUUCCCUGCAAUGGCACUGGAAAUGCAUAACCAAAGAAGGUAUUUGGAGCUGGUAGAUCAGAGACUAGAAGGUAGAGUGAGAAGUGAGGAGGUUGAGAAGUUGGUGAGAGUGGCAUUGUGUUGUGUACAGAUGGUUCCAGAGUUCAGACCAACUAUGGCAGAAGUGGUCGCCAUGUUGGAAGAUCGUUUGCCUUUGCGAGAGCCCAGGGUAGAUGCCUUGAAUUUCUUGCUGUCGUUUGGAGGGAGACUCUCAAGGCAUGCACCAGACUAGGCAGAAAAAGAUGCAUUUGAUGGAAUCUGGUUUAAAAUUUCAGUUAGAUAAAUCAAUGCUGUUAUAUCUCUCACAGUCAAUAGGUUUGGAAUUUAUCAUAUUAGCUCAAAAUCUGGAAAUGAAAAUGGGAAAAAGUUAAAUACAAAAUGCAUUUUGUUUUCUUUGAAAUCGUGAUCGGUAUAAAUGUAUCAUAGCAUCAAUUAGGAGCUUUGCUUGGUGAGUUUAGUUUCUUGGUUUUGUUCUUAAACUGGUGUUGAAAGAAAAUAACGUUAUCUCUAUGGCAAUUGACAAGCUUCUAAUUUUCAACUGGCAAUGCAAAAUUUUCUGUCAGUCCAAACAGCAUUGCGUCACUAGCUACGCAAAUUGAAAUUAUCUAAAUAUUUAUUCGACUUUUACUUCAUUACACACUAGGGGAAUGAUUCAAAGCUGCUUUUUUUUUAUAGACUAAAACGAAAGUCAGGUGGUCAAAGAUUGAAAAAAAGACAAUGGAAACCUACCCAAAAAAAACAAAAAAAAAAAAAAGAAAAGAAGGAAGUCAGAAUCAUUGUUUUCAAUGACCAAUUUUCCAUUCUUCAGGAAUCAAGACUUAAUUAUUCAAUGACUUUUGGAGUUAAAAGAAACCCCACUUUACUUAAUGUUAAAGGCAGACUGACCUUUACGGCAGCUUCUAUGUCCAACUGAAGUUUUGGAUGACUCUCGGAUCAAAGAGCAUGCAGGGAUACAAAAAAUCAAAGUCAUCGCAGGAAAUAGCAGAUGAAGCACCACUAGCCGUUCUGAUUGAAUAUACCAUCUGCUUUAAGGAAUCAGAUUACAUACAUAUAUAUAUAUAUAUAUAUAUGUUACCUAUAUUGUUAGGUUGAGAAUAUUUAGGGGCUUACAUUCUGAUCUCCUAAAAUUAUUCUUAUAAUUAAAAGUAAAAUUUUGGGGCCAAAAAAGCUUCCAACAUUCAAAGAAUUAAAACAACAAAGAAAAGGGGGUGAUCGAUGCCAUGCAUAGUUCUCGAUUUUCACUAGCCAGAUUUUUUUAUUUUUUUUUAUUUUUUGAAUAUAAUAUAUUGUUUAAAGUAAAACUUCACAUGCCAUCAUCCUUUAUGAACUUGAAAAGCAAAACCAAAAUCAAAAGUAUGAUACGGUAUUUUCAUAUGAGGUCUAAAUCUAGUACAAGAAUUUCAAAUUAGCAUUUGUAUACUCGGUUUUCCAGAGGGUUAAAAUAUAUAUAUAUAUUAAAAAAAAAAAAAAGGCACUUUGUAAUAAAAAUGAAAAUCUGGUAAUGUUCUCUCAAUUUUAUAAAUAUUCACACAAUUUGCUAUUUUAAAAAUAAAAAAAAAAUGCUGUUCGUUAUUCUUUACA